CUUGAUUCUACAGUUGUUCCUCUUUCUCAAUUCCAUCCUCCUUCCACCGCUUUCGUUGUUGUCUUUUAGAUCACGGGCCGAACCCCUCCCCUCAGUUGGAAAAAAAGUUCCCCGCCGCCCUCCGUCUCCGCCUCCGGAACCGAGCCCGCUCUUCCUCGUGUACUUGCCCAUCGCAAAGCGUCGCAUUGCUAGUCGCAUUACUGCUACUCCUUCAAGCCGAGGUCGAAGAGUCACGCGUUGCUCUAUCAGCCCUUGAUCGCCAAUUCCUAUACCUCCGCGCUCAAUUCCUUUUCCAUCUACCACCCGUAACCCUCUCACAUCCUUCAUCAUGCCUGCGACAAUCGCCCAGAACCAAUUCGACUCGAUCCCCGACUCAAUCGAGGCUUUCCGAAAUGGCGAGUUCCUCGUCGUCCUCGACGACCCCUCCCGUGAAAACGAGGCAGAUUUGAUCAUCGCCGCUCAAGACGUCACGACCGAGAAGAUGGGCUUCCUCAUCCGUCACUCUUCUGGCUACGUCUGCGCACCUCUCUCCCCAGCUCUCACCACCGCCCUCGACCUCCCGCAGAUGGUCCCCAACAACCAGGACCCUCGUGGAACCGCCUACACCGUCUCCGUCGACUCGGCCGACCCCUCCGUGUCCACUGGCAUCAGUGCCCGCGACCGCGCCCUCGCCUGCAGGACGCUCGCCGACCCCGCCGCCCGCCCAGAGAGCUUCCGCCGCCCGGGUCACAUCCUCCCCCUCCGAUCCCGUCCCGGUGGCGUUCGUCAGCGCCCAGGUCACACUGAGGCCGCCACCGAGUUCUGCCGCCUCGCCGGCAAGGUCCAGGCUGCCGCCAUCUGCGAGAUGGUUGACGAUGGUGAGGAGGCACCUGGCCAGGCGAUUCGUAACAACCACGGCAUGCUGAGGGGAGAAGCCUGCAUCGCCUUUGCCCGGAAGUGGGGGCUCAAGGUGUGCACUAUCGCCGACCUGGUUGCCUACGUUGAGAAGACUGAGGGCAAGCUUGAAGCCAACGGGUCUGAAACCAACGGUAGCUGAGAGGGUUGAUGAAGUUGUGGUUGUGGUUUGGAGCGAGGCAUGGCGGAUCAUCCACCACCAUAUCUUUCCUAGUAACGCGGCAUGUGGCGGCAGUCUUGCUUGAUGGAUGACGAAACGGCUUGGUUCAUCUGUUGACAUGUAUUUUGCUAUAUCUGUUUCUUGAUUCCAUGGGGUAUUUGGCAUAGACCGGGGUUUGUUCUGGCGUCCAGAAAACAGUGGCAGUCAAAAGAGAAGGAUGAGACAAAUCAGAGGACGCCCUCACUCUUCCCCCUCCG